AUGCUUCCACCACGCAAUCUCCAAUCACACACUUUCCCUGCAACACCAACUGCACCCCGUCAUCCGCCAUCGCAGCCAUCACGAUCCUCAUCAGACCUAUCUCGACCAGAUCAUCAUGACAAUGGAGAAUUUACUCUGGUUCGUCUUCGGCUCCAUCCACAUCCUCAACUGGCCCAGCAUCAACAAAGCGCGAGCGUCGGUCUUUGUCUACACAAUGAAUAUUGGGCAUCUCAAGGCUUGCGCGAUGAAACAUUUCAUUUUCAUCGUAUUGAUCAUGUCUCACAUCAUGGACGACCUCCAUUCACGCCAGCGACGCCGCCAACUGCACCCAACUAUGUUGUUGAGUGUAGUGACAUUAACCUGUGGGUUUCGGAUGAUGAGGGCGAGGAUGAGGAUCAUGCUCCCCCACUCCUAUAUCGCCCGCCUCUUCCAGAAACCGCCACCGUGCAACCACCAUUCAUGCGCAGUGUUCUCCCUGUUAUCGAACAUUAUCAACACAUUUGUCUGCAGUACGCCAGUCUGCCACGACAGUACAUCAUCAGGGAAACGAUAUCCUUUAAAGUUUUAGAUCGUCACAGGAUAACUUGGUGUGACGCUUGCCGUGCAAUGGUUAACAUCGGGGAGUUCUGGGAUGAACAGAAUGGCCUGACACAGGAGCCCUGGGAGUACGCGCGGCAUCGGUACAAACAUGGGCGGAGACACAAGGAUUCCCCGGUUCCAGAUGAUGCCAUUGACAUAUUUCAACUGUGUCACGGGGCUGAGGAUCGUGUUGGCGAUGUUGCCAGCUCAUACCAAGAUCUGGUAUCUGUGAUCGCCUAUCAACCCCCCAGAGAUGCACAGAGGGUCUUUCUCGGUCUAGCCCAUGACGUUGGAUAUCCAUAUCGUCGCGACUCAUCGCCACCUUGCAAUUCAACACGAGCACACAACGGGACAAUGAAAAACUGCCAACCUCUUCCAGUUAUGUGGCUGGAUGAAUUCAAAAGAAGUAUUGAACACGAUGGUCUCAACGUGUGGGCGAAGAAACCCCUCUAUCGUAUUGCGCAGCUCGCAGAGUUGUUGAAGUUGGCCUCUGACGAUUUAUCAUUUAUCGUUAAGAUGGCCGAGACUCAUGUUCCUCCGACCCCAAAAUGGUCUUGGCUUAAGCUCGGCCAAGAUCGUCCAUCCAACCUGCAUGCGACUACUAUCGAGCCGAUCAGAAAGAUGCAGGAGAACAUGACCCAGAUAGCCUCGAGCGUCGAGCUACUUCAUAAUCUCCAAACAGCAAUCCUUAGCCAAGAAGGCGAAAUGCUGUCCUGGCUGACUUCACUCCUCGCCCAUGCCCCCGACCUCGAAUCUUGGUAUGACAUGUCUGGAGGCUCAUCUGCCGGAACUGCGAACCCCUGGGAGGUUUGGCGACCAAAAGACGAACUCAAGACGUAUGGACAGUGGUGUGUAUACCCGGGGUGUCCCAAGGCCCGACAGGGUGGAGAUAACGUCCUUGUGACGCUACAUCUUCCUAGUGCGGAGGUUGCGUUCACGAUCAUGUUUGAGUCUCUGGAGCUUAUGGAUGGGCUCGCCAAGGAUAUGAAGCAGUAUAUGGACCUUUGGAGGGCUGAGAGGUUGAGGAAGCCAGUGUGA